AUGAACGGUGCCGCUUGUGGUGCUCUUCUUGCCGUUCUCUCUGGCAGUCCUCUCUAUGAGCUCACGCAGUCCAACACGAGUCUGGCGCUUUCUGGCCCGGCCUUUGUGAUUUCUCUGUGCUCGCUUGGCGGCUUCCUCUCUGUCCCUCGGCAAGCGGACGUGUUCUUUCGGGGCAGAUUGGUUGAUCGUCAACACACAGCGUCGCUCCUUGAGCUUCUGACGUUUACCUGGCCUAGCAAGAUAUUUCGCCUGGAGAAUGUGCGGUUGAUGGGGGUGAAAGACUUGCCUAUCGUUCAUCCUGACUUGAGAGCGCAGCAUCUUUGUCAACAUGGUCAGGUUACCAGCCGCAGCUCGCAGAGGCUGGUCGUUCGCUUGGCCAGGGCACAUACGCAUGCACUAUUCCUGCAAUGGGGUCUCGCAGCUUGCAAGUCUGUCGUCGUCAUGACACCUCACUUGAUCGUUCACCAUUUAUUGCAGCGGCUUAGUAGCGAGAGCGAACAGUCCACCGGCCACGGCGGUGUUGCCCUUGCGCUCCUUCUUGGGGCUUCCAAGAUGGCUGGAGUAGCGCUAGACUCGUGGCUGAGCUGGGUCACGUCCAGCAAGAUCCAGUUCCCGAUGCAGGCGACGCUCAACUCCAUGGUAUAUCGCAAGGCGUUGUGCCUGCCAAACGCCGCAGACGGGGCAGGACAGGGUUCAAAGACGUCGAUAUUUGCUCAGAUGAGGAGCAGAAGGUAA